AUGGAGGCUAAUCCUGCGACCCGUGCCGACCUAAUCCCAGGUACAAUUCACCUGGUUGACAUUGCGAGCGAAACACAGUUGGAACAACAUGACGAAAGCCAAAGGGACAUUGUGCUCGUUCCUAGGCCAAGUGCGGACCCAGAAGACCCAUUAAAUUGGAGCCGGAAACGGAAAUUGCUGCAAAUCGCGAUGGUCUACGUCUACACCCUUGGAGUCGGCAUUCCAACCACGUUGCAAUACAGCGUGCUCGCCGAUAUAACAAAUGAUACAGGAAUUUCAACGGGAGAGCUUGUCACUGGAACUGGGCUUAUGUUUCUAUUUUUGGGAUGGGCAUGCUUGAUCUGGCAACCGAUCGCCCUCACAUUUGGCCGCCGAGGUGUCUAUAUUUUGUCUUGCCUGCUCUGCGUACCGAUCAUGGUUUGGACAGCGUACUCGAAAACCGGAGGCGAAUGGUACGCCCAUCGGAUACUUCUGGGCGCGUUCGCUUCACCUAUUGAGUCUCUGCCAGAGAUAUCUGUUCCCGAUAUAUUUUUCGCCCAUGAGCGUGGCCAGUGGAUGGCGACAUAUGUCCUGUUCCUAUGUGGUUCGAACUUCAUCGCGCCAUUAAUUGCUGGAUGGUUUAAUGACGCAUUCGGCUGGCGGUGGACCAUGCACCUCGGAGCCAUGAUAUCGGCAGCUGCAGCCGUGAUUUUAUUCUUUGGCAUGGAAGAGUCUCUCUAUUUCCGUCCCACUGUGGAAGGGCAAGAACUCGAUGCUGCCACAGUUUCUCAGUCCGAGCAUCCUACCGUCACCCAGGUCAGCGACGAGAAAGCUGGUGCUGAUAGCAAUAUCUCUGCAAAUAACUCGAUCAUGCAGUCGGCUUCUUCUUUCCGCCCUCCCCGCACCUACAUACAGAAAAUGGCACUUUUCGUCUCCAAGCCCGGGCGACCCAGUAACAAAGAAAUGUUUAAAAUGAUGUAUCGGCCCCUCCUGAUCAUGUUACAUUUCCCCUGCACCGAUUGGUCUGGGUUCCUUUACGGUAUCAGUCUUUCGUGGUAUAACGUGAUGAACGGUACAGCGUCUCCAGUUCUUUCCGCCGCGCCUUACAACUGGUCAGCGGCUAAAGUUGGUUCGGCAUACGUCGCGCCGAUUAUUGGUGGAAUCUUUAGUAUGAUAUGGUCCGGUGUCAUCGCAGACAAGUUUGCUAUUUACCUUGCACGUCGCAACAAAGGGUUAUGGAAUUACCCCUUGGGUGGAGACACAGGGCAUGCGCAAUUGUUUUAUCACGGCGAGCAUGGUAGCGCUGGUCUGUUCGCUGACUUUUUUGCCCAUGAUAUACUUUGGAAAAAGGCUUCGCAAGUUUUCAAAGGACAUGUAUUGGCAAUGGUUUCACCCCUUCUCGUGUCAUAA